UCAAAUAGAGAAGUUAAUUUUGGGAAAGAGGCAGUAGAAAAGAAGAUGCGCCCAUCCUAUGCCCCAUCGCAAGCUGCUUUGCACACCAAAGAGAGCAGAGAAGGUGAACAUCUCCGGCGAAUUCCGAUCGAUUAAUUGAUGGCCAGAUCUGCCAUCUACCAUAGGUGAACAUCGCCGGCGAGGAUGUGACGGCGGCGCAACUCCUCUUCCUUGAGGCGGCGGCGCCCUGCCCUGAUGUCAGAUUUGAAUAUUUGAUGCCGCUACACUAACCACCGGAAGAUGUGUUGGCCUGGUCAACAUGUUAUUAACCUCUUCUCCCUUCAUGUCCAGCACGGUGAAGCCAAUCUCUGCCAUAUUGGGAUUGGGAUUGUGGGAUUGGGAUUGAGAUUGGAUUUCUAGAGGGGUAGCCCAUUCAGGAGUACAGUGCUCAUGGUGGGAGGGUUCCACAAUAUACGAAUUGUGCAUCAUUGCAUGCAUGUCAUGGGAUCUUUGAAGUUAAGGCGCAUAUGGGAGCACCUGGGUAAUAGCGGAGUUUGGACUUCGGAAGUUCGGAGCACUGAGAGACGGAGUAAAUGGACGGUGUAUUCAAGCGACAAUAUAGAAGGAGAUGGAAAGGAUGUGAGCCCUUACGAACAGAAAUUAGACGGGAAUUUAAUUUUAACUGUUGAGAUGUUUUGUAAAUUGUCUUGCAUGUUGGUUAUUUUAUCACAUAGUUAUGGUUAUUACUAGUGUAACACCUGGCGCAUGCCCCGGUGAUCACUCUCAUUAGCAUUCAAAUAGUAAAUAUCAUUAGAAGUUGAGAAUCUUAUCUUAGUUUAUACAAAAGGGAAAAAAAAUA